ACUGGAGACCUGCUCAGAUACAAUAGUGCAGCACCAAACACGCAACGCGUCUUGCUGUGGUUCACAGGUGGCCGUAACAAGAAUAGUCCAUCGGCCCGUCAAAAUUCGAACUAUGGCCGUUCUCGUCCCAGCUUAUUCUCCUCCACAUUCCGCCCUCAGAUCCCACAACUGCUCCACUCGUUUUCCUGCUGCCAAUUUCUUCUCUACCAGCGUCAAGAUGGCUGGAACAAGCGCAACUGCAGGGGAAACCGAGUAUGAUAAGCCGAACAAGAUCUUUGUUGCCGGGUCCACUGGAAAGACCGGGAAGAGGAUCGUCGAGCAGCUUCUCUCCAAGAGUUUUGGUGUUAUAGCGGGGGCGCGCGAUCUGGAGAAAGCCAGAAGCAGCCUUCCCCAACACCCUAAUCUACAAAUCGUGAGGGCUGAUGUAACCGAGGGUUCGGAAAAGUUAGCGGAAGCGAUUCGGGAUGCGGAGGCUGUGGUUUGCGCCACGGGUUUUCAACCUUCAUUGAAUGUCUUCGCGCCUUGGAAGGUUGACAAUUAUGGGACUGUGAACCUUGUGGAAGCAUGCCGGAAGAUUGGGGUGAAGAGAUUUGUUCUUGUGAGUUCCAUUCUAGUCAACGGAGCAGCGAUGGGUCAACUGUUCAACCCAGCUUACAUCGUAUUAAAUUUGUUUGGCCUCACCCUGAUAGCUAAGCUACAGGCAGAGAAGUACAUUAAGAGCUCUGGUAUCAAUUACACCAUUAUUAGACCUGGUGGAUUAAGAAAUGACCCCCCAUCUGGAAACAUAAUUAUGGAGCCUGAGGAUACUCUUUAUGAAGGUUCUAUAUCUAGAGAUCAAGUUGCAGAGGUUGCUGUUGAAGCCCUGCAGUGUCCGGAGUCAUUCUUCAAAGUUGCCGAAAUUGUUUCACGAGUCGAAGCUCCUAAACGGCCAUUAAAGGAUCUUUUCAGUGGUAUCAAGCAAAAAUAAUUUUUGCUUUCCAAUAAAAGCAAAGCAAUUGUGGAAUUGGGAUUCUCUUCUUAUUUCUAUCAUUUAUUUCUACUU